UAGAGCUACUGCAAUCUUGAAAAAGUGUACACUUGCACCUACGCAAACAUUUAUUUUGUUUUCUUAAUAAAUUCACAACUUCAUUGAUAUUUUAAAAUGAAAACCGUGCUUAUCACCGGAGCUAACCGCGGAUUAGGCCUCGGAAUGGUUAAAUAUCUCACACAGCAAAAUAAGGCUGAAAAGAUUUUCGCCACUUGCCGGAAUGCAUCUGAGGAACUCACAAAGCUUUCAGAAAAACAUCAAAAUCUCCAUAUCUUACAUUUAGAUGUUAAACAACUUGAAACUUAUGGCGACUUUGCAUCGAAGAUAAAACAAUUACUAGGCAAUGACGGUCUCAAUCUACUUAUUAAUAAUGCUGGAGUGACAACAAAAUUCACCAAACUUAGUCUUGUAAAAGAGGAUCAAUUGAUGGAUAAUUUUACUGUAAAUACAGUCGCACCAAUAAUUCUUACUAAGACUCUUCUGCCACUCUUGAUACAAGCUGCUGAUGUAAAUAGCGAAAAACCGGUUGGAGCGAAUCGCGCGGCGGUCAUUAAUAUGAGUUCAGUCCUAGGAUCCAUAGCACAAAACGAUCAAGGCGGUUUUUACCCGUAUCGAUGCUCAAAGGCUGCGUUAAACGCGGCAACAAAAUCGAUGAGUCUCGAUUUGAAAAAGAAUCAAAUUCUUGUGGCUUGUAUGCACCCGGGCUGGGUGCGGACCGACAUGGGCGGGAAAAACGCGCCGCUAGAUGUCGAUACAAGCAUCAAUGGAAUUUUCAAUACAAUAAACAAACUAGGAGAGGGCGAUAGUGGAAAAUUUCUGCAAUACGAUGGAAGUGAAUUGCCGUGGUAAUAACAAUGAAGGUUUGAAAUUUUUAUGUUACAAGUUUGAUAAUAUGAUGAUGUUAAUAAUUGCGGAUGUAAUAAUUUAUAACACCUGUAGGUUUACAGGUGUUAUAAAUUAUUAUUUUUAAGAUGAGUAAUACUUUUAAUUCUGAACCUAAGGCACAACGGGGCCUUUAUUUUGGGAUAUUUAUGGUAAUAAACAGGUGAUGGUUGAUAAAUAAAAGUCAAACAAAUAUUCACAUUAUUAAUUGUUGUUAGAUAAAAAUACCAAUAAAUAAUUUUGUUUUA